GCUUCUCCGUGCCUGCCGACGCGUGCCUGAGUGAUAUCGAGGAGAGUGUAAAGGAAGAGCAACACACUCAGGAUAUAUUAGAUCCCUCAUUGGAGUCUUCAUAUGAUGCGGAUAUGACACAAGAGUUGCGCGAUCACGUGCCCGCUGAGUUCCGUUACUAUGACAACGAAACCAUUGUUUCUCCGGCCCGAUGUGUUACGUAUGAUGACAGUUCGCAAAAGUGAGUUAUAAACGUAUGCAAGUAUAUAUAUAUAUAUAUACGAGAAUAGUUAACUAUCCAUAAAUUUUUAUGGGUAUAUACAUGGAUGAAAAUAUAU